CCAGAAUUGCUACAAUCAGAUGCACUUUUUCCAGGGCUCAUUUGUUGGGCACAGUCGCACGCGCACAUGGCCUAUCUGACUAUGCAUGGCGGGAGUUAACAAACGGAGUAAUUCGUUCGUGAAUUUCCUAUAGAUUUUCCAGAAAUCAAAGAAAAUGUGACUUGAAAAUUUUGAGUCAUUGCAAAGUUGGCAGAUCAAAGAAUGUACACUCCUCGCAGUGGCAGCUCAAAGGGGAAAUACACCCCGUUCAGCACGGGCCGAGUUUCUCGAAUCGGUGGUACCGCCUCAUCACAGACACGGAGAAGUGGCGCGGGGAUUUUCGGUGGUACUGCAGCCGCCUCAAGGCGGUCGCCGUUUCCAGGAACAAGAAGUCCAGCUUUCGGGAACCGGUCAUUCCUACAGACUUCAGUGAUUGCAGAGACAGCACAAUACACUGUGGAGAAUUAUGGCUCUUCUGUUCCAGUCCUCAUCACUGAGGCCCUGGCUAUGGCAGACCGUUCGGCUAGUAUGAGUGUGCGGAUAAACCCAUCAGGCUGGGCUUGUGUAGUGUGCGGUAGGAGACUCUUUGUAUGGCGAUACAAGCACACAUUCGCAAAGGCCACCUUCUGUAAGGAGUUAGCCCUGCCACCGAGUGAACUAUCCCACAAGGCCGAGCUGGUCUGUCUGAUCCCUGCCUCCCCGGACAGCCAGACUGUCUCAGUCAUGGCUGCGUCCCCGGAGGGGAUAAUCCGAUAUUGGCCGAGCAUUGCCAGCGAGGGGGCCUACGCAGAGAGCAGUGCAGACCUGAACGGGGAAGAGUGUUUCUCGCUGACGCAGUUUGAGCCUUAUGGAUGCAUCUUAGCCACCACAACCAAUCAGCUCUUGUUGCUUAGCCUGGCUGAAUCCAGCACCCAGAAUGCUGUCAGCUGUCAUCCCCUGAAGCCCUCCCAAGGGGUCCUGGCUAGAGUCUCAUCGCUGUUCUUUGGCUCCCAGAGACCUCAGUCCUCGUCGACACUGCAAAGAGUGCUAUCGGCAGGUCAGGAGGACGACCAAGGGGUGCUGUACGUGCUUCAGGAAGACAUCUUACAGAAGUGGCUCGUGGCUGAGCCUGGAUCUGAGAAGGUUGUUUUUGAGGUCCAGCUGGGCAAUAUGAUCAAAAAGGGGUUUGCAAGACAGUUGAGUUGCUCGUCGCUGGACAGUCUGAGAGUUUGGAUGCUGGACCUUCAGAUCAUCAGUGAAAGUAUCCUACUCCUUGUAGCUGCAACGGACUCUUCAAGACCAUCCCCGAUACUGCAUUAUGCUCUUGUCUUGAUUCCACUGGUGUCAGCAUCAGGCGGAGGGCCAGAUCAAAUCAGUUCUUUCAAGAUGAUGUCCUUGACAGCAGCCUACCAAGUUUCAGAAGAGGAGUCUUUGCUUGACUACCGUCUCUUGGUUGCUAGCCCCAGCGGCACAGCCUGCCAUGUCUACUCCCGAAAGAUUGUCAUUUGCUGCUCAGGUGUAACUGAGAACAGCUGUUGUUUCGACAAUGUGGAUUUCAGCCAACCUGGGAACAGCAUUCUUGGUGCAGGAAACUGUGAGGGAACAACCCUCUUCUUCUCCACCAACUACGGUCUGGUGACAGUCACUGCAACCCAGGCUGAGCCCAGCGUCUUGCAAGAUGUUUCGCUGGCUGAGCAGAGCCUCCGGCUGGACCAGUCCUCCAUCCUCGGCUCCCCAGCGCCGCCUCCCCAGGACAUCAGCUCCCUCGGGGAGGACAAGACCAAGGGUCUGAAGGCGGCGUUCCUCCAUGCCUGCCGGCAGAACUUGAGCCAAGCAGAAGCUAUUGUGGAGGAGCUUUUCCCUUCAUCUGCUCCAUCCUCCUUGGAGACGGGAUCCUCCAUUGAUGCGACUGUUGCUAAGCUUAGUCAGGAGGUCAUUGAUGACUUCCCUGCCUCAGAUCCACGCUGGGCUGAAUCCAUUCCCCAAGAUUCAGCAUCAACUACCACCUCCCUGAUCCUUCUGCAUCAGCUAGAGGACAAGAUGAAGGCACACGACCAUCUCUUGUCCUUCCUCAAGAAUGUCGGCAUUUGGGACAGGCUUCACUCAGUGAUUAUUAGAGAGAGUCCCUUAUUGACCCACCUGUUGCUGUGUGAACACGCCGAGAAAUUGGCCGCUGCAAUGGCAUUACGCAGCCACCAUACCAUGUUCCCAAAUCUUGUCGAUGGAGCCAUAAGUAAAGUCCUCCAGAAGCGUGGGCAGACACACACCCCAGCAGGCCUUACUCCUCAAGAUGUCUUCUACAGAGAAGUUUCAGGAAUUCAUGAGAUCAUAGAGAACCUGGUCGAGCAGGAAAAGGACAUUCUGUCCACUGAGCUGACACCCUCUGAUAUCGUUAGCAUGAUCAAGAACAUUAACACCAUCCUCCAGGGCAUGCUCAAAGAGGCCUGGCACUUGCGACAAUCCAGGGCCCUCAUAUACCAGUCUGACAGUGGCCCAGCAUCCAAUCCCACGAUACAGUACAUUCCAUGGACAGCAUCUGCUGGACCAAAAGGCAUUCGAAGUCUCCUAGUACAACAGCACCGAAUCACCCUAGAGCAAGGAAUUCCCAACAGCGAAGAUGUUCAGUCACGCGGUGCCCUCUAUCAGCAGGUGAUGGAGUUGACGGACCUGAUCCUGGAAGGGUACGUGACCCAGCUGGAAUCUGUUGGCUUGAGUUCCGGCAAAGACAGUGUAGAGUAUGAAGAGCUGGAGCAGAAGUACCACCAGGAGAGACAUGCACUCAUCAUGCCACUGUUGGAGCAGGGUCAGUAUGAGAGAGCAGCAUCUCUAGCUGAGAAGUACUGCGACUUCGGCAUCUUGGUGUCUCUGUGUGAGGUGACUAGUAACGAGGAGAGACUACAGCGCUACAUGAAUCAGUUCGCAACCAAGGGGUUUUCUGAUUUUGUGUUUAAAUACUACAUGGAUAAAGGUAAGCGUGGCAAGUUGUUAUCUCAACGCUUCACGCAGCAUGCCGAGCUGAGUGAGUUCCUGCAGGCUCAUGACCACCUCAGUUGGCUUCAUUAUGUGCAAGUGAAAGACUACUCCAAGGCACAGGAAACCUUGAAGCGGCUGUCUGCAAAAGAGACGUUAUCGCUGGCUAAGAAAAAAACGUUGCUGAGUCUGAGUAAACUGACUGCUUUGGCUUGUGAGGAAGUACCUGAGGCAGAACUUGAAGAUAUCAACAGUGAACUGGACGUCAUACUUAACCAGGAGCUAUUGCCUAAAGAAUUAGUGGAAAAAAUGGAGCUGUACAACAAUGAAGGGGAUUUGCCGGUCAUUGACCCCGAGCAACUUAUCUGGUUAUACAUCAGCGAGAAGAACACUGAAGCUAAUGAGUUUGACUUCAAGAAGGCCCUUGAUCUCUUGCAAUAUGUUCCCAAGGAUGACGAUCCAAAGAUUGACCUCCUGAGGCUCAGUAUAUGGAGUAAAGCCAUACUCAAAGAUGAUUGGUCUGCAGACAGAGGAACAGGAGUGGAUCCCCUUGAACACUAUGAAAACACCGUGUUCUUUAGAAUUGCCAGAUUAAUCCUGGAAUCUGGUGCUGAUCUGGAAUAUUAUCUUCCGGAUGUUGAUGCCCUUCUUGCAAGUGACGAGUUGCAGCCUCUUCAGGGCAAUGCCAACUUUCAGUUCAUUGUGCGGGCAGGAUACGAACAGAUGGAGCGCAUUGUGGGAUGAGAGACAACACGCCAACUUCCAAUUUGUUUGAGGAAAUCUGGCGUUGUCGCAGCUAGCUGUUUUUCAGAAAAAAGAUCUGUUGUAGAGACACUUUGGCAUUGUGACCAGGGCAAAUAGCAGAAAAUUUUGGUGAAGCCAUGUCUGAAUCAUUUGGCUGCGGCUUGAAAUAACACACAAGUCUAUGACAGUAGCUACAGCCACUACCCAAAGAGUUGUGCAUUACUUUAAGCCACAGCCAAGCAAUUUGGACAUGGCUCAAGCAAGUUUUUGGGCUGGGCAAAACCAGCGGGGAACCAGUCACUCAAAAAUGAAGAUUGCAUGAAACUUUGGUUGGUUACUGUUUAUUGCUGAGCUAGCAUCUUCAGUGCUUAGCAAAUGUUUAUCCUCAGCAACUCUGUGUAAUUGGCCACAGCCCAAUACAGGAAUAGACUGAUCCAUUGAGCCUUGUAUACUGUGCGCUCACAUGGGCAAUUGACAUACAUGUAUACUUCUGUUCAGUGCCACGCUGCAGCUGCGUGCAUCAUGUAGGUGUGCAAGCAUGUCAGACUUCUGUGCUUGCAUGUGGAACAUAGCUAACAGCUGUGAUUGGUUGAAAGACCAUGGUUAAAGCUUAAUGAAUUGUUCUAUUGUGUAGACCGGGGGGGGGCUAUUAGUUUGUAAUGAUAGUGUGUCUUGCACAAUGCGUGCUGAGAGAUGAGUCAAUCAAUUUGUACAUAGUUUUGUUCAGGAAAACACAAAUACUACGUGACGAUUGGAGGAAAUCUUUUCUACGACAUGUACUCAGUUUCUGCUUUUGAAGUGGAUUUAGACAUUAAUUUCUUGGAAGGAUUAUAUUUUAUUAUAUUUAGGCUUUGAUUGUGAUUCUUUUAUGCAACAAGAUUUACUUUAAUUUUCUGUGGACUUACUGAGUGAAAAGGACUACCGUUUGUCACCUGUCACCACAAAAUGAGCUUAAAGUCAGAAUUUUCGAAAAUUGAGAUACUGGUAUAUUUGAAUUCUGCAGAAAAGAGCUCUCCAAUGGCAUUUACAUGGAACACUGAGGGUAAAAGUAUAAGGUGACAAUGUGGCAUUAUUCUGGCAGCUUUACGUCUUUGUUCACGACAUUGUUUCAACAUUCCUGAUUAGGCACAAAUAAAGCCAUGUUCAAAAUUACUGAGAAAAUGACAUUUUUAAACAUAUGAUCCUUCAAAAUAUUUGGAAACGGGUUAUUCUUUCCAAAUAUUACAAAACCCCAGAAUUCACUUCCACUUCGAUACAACUUUAAACCUGCAAAAUAGGAAAGAGCAGGAUGCAACUUCACACUUAUUUUGUUGUAACGAGUCACACUUUGCAUGGUAUACAUUGUGAAUGCAUCAUGAAUACUUUUUGUACUGAACUUUCUUCCUGUUAAAAACUCAGAAAAAGUAAGUUUUGUAAGUUGCUCUGGAAAUGUAAGUAGGGGAAAUGUACAAGAAUUUAAGUUUUGAGGAUUGUCUAAAAUGGUGCAAAAACCUGUUUGAAAUGCCUUUGUCUGCCUUUUGUUCAAUGUCUCCAUUCCAGAAUCAGUUUUGUCAUUGGGGAAAUGAGAUUGGGAAUCUACAAAAAGUAAUAACUUUUGUAAAGAGAAAUGUGUGUUGUAUGUCAUAAUUUGCCUGAUGCUGUGCUAUAAAUUAUAAUAAAAAUGUCAAGGGAUCAAGAGGUAGAGGUAGUCAUAUGGCCAGGAUAUAUUAUUGGUUUGAUGAAUAGUAAAAAUCUACAUUGAUGUUUGGUUCAAACCAAAAGUCCUGUAAGACUCCUCUUACAUCCUGUGCAUCCUCUAAGCCUUUGAUACUUUGUACUUUCCUUGAGGGAGAGAGUUCACAGUUGUGACUCUACAUCUGUGGAGAAGAUAUGAGUCUUCCCUCCUUUCAAAUGCAUAGAUCCUUUAUGGACCUUAAAGACAGUAGCGGCACCAGACCUCGGCUGUGGAUGCAAGUGUGGGGCAAGGUAGAAUCGCAUGGGUACAAAUGAUCCUUCUUUCUUCCUGGAUUGUGAUGCAGAGUCAUAAAACAAAAAGAUGAUCGCCCUGUCGUAAUAUGUGACAAAAUUUUUGUGGGUGCAAGCAACUUUUCAGUGGGUGCCUUGCACCCACAUGACACCAUGUAGCACUGCCACUGCUUAAAGAUUCUGUAGCGUGGAUUAGAUUUAGGUGUCUUUUAACAUUUUUCAAUUAUUCAUUGUUUUAUACAACACCUGUUUAAGUCCAUGUCUCUUGAUUUUCUGUGUACAGCUGGAUUAAUUAACUAAUUCAAACUGGCAGUUGUCUAGCUGCAACAUCAUUCCCACGGGAACGAUCUUGCCGCGCCAUGUUGGUUCCCACCAUGCCUUGCGCGAUCUAACCCCUGGUAUUGUAUAAUUAAAAUAUCCUACUAUUUGGGAUGUUUAAAUUAGGACUUUA